CCGACGGCCAGUUCUCGAAUCUAUCACAAUCUCACCAGCUGUCGUCCAGUAAACAACAGGAAGGUCAAAGAAUUAUAUAUUAAGAAAAUGACGUCAGCUAAAGUAGUGUGUCUGGUCGCACUGGCGCUGUUCGGGAGCGCCGCGGCCCAGCCCUCGAAGCCCGCUUUCUGGAAGGGCACCCCCAUGGACAGCAUGGUCGAGGAGAUGAGGUCCGGAUGUGCGGAGGGAUCUGACCCCACCGCGUGCAUCAAAUAUAAGGUCAUGUCUCUCUUAGACAGCAUCUUCAAGAAGGACUCUUUCCAGAUUUCUGACGCAGUCGAAGUGACCAAGAACGGUGCCGGCAACGACUUCAGCGGCCGCUCCUCUGGCGACUUCCUCGACGGCAUCGAGAACUACAUCCAGUCCCAUGACGUCACUUUCCAGCUGCCCAUCGCCGACACCAAAGUGACCGUCAGCCCGAGGAACCUGGACAAUGAUGAAUUGAGCCUCAACAUUAAGUUCAACAAGGAAGGCGCGCGCUCAGUCGGAGAGGCCCGCAAGGCUAAGCUCAAGAAGAUCAUUGUCCCCAUCCUGGUGUUCGUGCUCCUGAAGGCUAUGACCCUCAUUCCUCUCGCCAUCGGUGUCCUCGGUCUGAAGGCCUGGAAUGCUCUGCAGCUCUCCUUCUUCUCUUUCGUUGUCUCCGUCGCUCUCGCUAUCUUCCAACUGUGCAAGAAGUUUACCCAGAUUGCGGCGGACAACUCGCACCCGCAGAUCGCGGCCCAUGGACCCUGGGACGCUGCUUACGCCGCCACCCGCCGCCGUAGAGACGCCGAACCUCAGGACCUGGCUCAAGAACUUGCAUACAACGCUUACCAAUAAACACCAAAACUAUCGUAA